AUGGACUAUGCGAGACUGGAGACGAUCGCCAUACUACGGCUCGAUUACGGAGCAAACCCGAACGACUGCGGCGGCAGAGACCGGUAUCCCAUCGAGGUAGUAGUCAGAUACUGCCCCAUUGCUAUUCUGGAACGCUUGUUGGUGGCUGGCGCCAGCGUUAAUUUCCCCUCAGGGGACAACCACUCCGCGUUGGAGGCAGCCGUCCUGCGGGAGAUAGAUGCCAAGCCCGUCGUUUCCCGGCUCUUAGAUGCUGGUGCUGUAUUGCCACAGGACGCUAUAGGAAGGAAGCGACUUCUCGGUGGUGUGCUCGGGCUUUUUGUAAGCAACCCAUCUCAAAUGCCAUUCUUUGACAAGAUUGAAGUGCCCGACGGCCGCUUCCUGUUCAACACAUCCUUGGACUACGUCUUCGAAAAUGGUCCGGGGGUUGUUCUGAUGCUGUUGCUUUUUAAAUUCCCACAAGAAGAGGCUCACGAUCUUCGGUACGGCCUUGUGCUCCAGAUGGCCGCCUUAGCUGGGCAGCUAGAUCCGAUUCGUCUCUUACUGUCCCACGGAGUCGGUAUCAAUGCCACCGGGUACUACGAUGGCACAGCACUGAAAGCAGCUGCGCGCUUAGGCCACAACAAAAUCGUUCAUCAGUUGCUUGUGGCGGGAGCAAAUGACAACAUUGGCCAGGGUCGAUGGCACACAGCCUUGGAGGCAGCCGUGGCGAGUAACAAUGACACCAUCGUGGAGCUGCUCCUCAAGUACGGAGCUGAUUCGUACAUCGAGGCCAAUCGCCGCUACAAGGAUAGAGAUGUCCUUCAAUUAGCCGUCAAGUCUAACAAUGACCGGACUGUACAAAGACUGCUUGCAGCCGGUGCAGCAGCAGCGCUUUCCCGCGAGAAGUUCGAUUCUACUGCAGUGCUGCUGAAUUUGAGCAUCAAGCGUCGAAACAUCUUGAUGGUAGGCGCAUUGCUCCGAACGAAUGUACCAGUCAAUGAACCCCCCAUAAAUGAUAAUUUUUAUUUGAGCCGGGAUUGGAGUAGGCUGCCUAUUUAUGUGGCUGCCGAAUAUGGCCACGCUGAUAUUGUACACCUGUUAUUGGAGCGCGGCGCCAAUCCAGAUGGCAGUCUCAACUGUUCUAGGGACUGCGAUACCCCUUUUGAACUUGCCCUCAAAAAUGGUCAUCUUGAUGCUACGCUAGCCCUCGUGGUGGCUGGUGCCCGGGUGCUGUGA